AUGGAGGAGAUGCUGAAAAAUAUUAUGGCUGAUCAAGCCCAGUUAGCUGCUGAUGCAAGAAACAACCAGUUAGCUAUACAAAAUUUGGAGAAACAAUUCGGGGUAUACCCAGGUAUGCUAAAUGUGAAGGAGGUUGUUGUGAACAAAAGGAGGCUUACUGAAUAUGAGACUGUUGCACUUACUAAAGAGUGCAGCUCCAGAAUCCAAAAUAAGUUGCCCACUAAACUGAAAGAUUCGGGAGCUAGUAUCAAUUUGAUGCCAACUUCGUUGUACAAAAAACUGGGAUUGGGUAGUCCUAAACCUACUACCAUCAUCUUAGAGUUGGCUGAUAGAUCUGUUGCUAGGCCUGAGGGUGUUGUAGAGGAUGUGUUAGUGCAAGUGGGAUCGUUGAUAUUCCCAGUAGACUUUGUUGUGCUGAAUUUUGAGCCAGAUCAUGAGGUCCCUUUCAUCUUAGGAAGACCUUUCUUGGCUACUGGAUGGGCUAUGAUAGAUGUAGCAGCUGCGCAACUCACUAUGCGGUCACAUGAUAAAGUGGAGGUGUUCGACGUGUACAAGGCAUUAAAGCUACCAGUUGUUUAUGAGGAGUUGUCUUCCAUAACUGCGAUACAUCUUGAGGCAGAGGCUCGAUACAUUGCAUCUAAGGACCCUUUAGAGCGAGUGCUAGGAGGGGCUGAAAUCUAUGGGGAUGCUGAGGCACAAGAAAUGGUGCAAUUUCUUGAUGUGGCACUUGUAGGUACAUUCAGAGAUCUUUGGGAACCUUUAAAUAGAGUGUUGGGUCCUCCACCCAAACCCUUCAUUCAAGUAGCAUCCCAGUUGGAGUUAAAAGCAUUGCCAGCACACCUCAUGUAUGCAUUUUUGGGUGAAAAUAAAACUUUACUGGUUAUUUUGUUUGCAACAUUGUCUGAUGCACAGGUGGAAGCAACAUUAAUCAUCUUGAAGAAGAGAAAAAUAGCUUUGGGUUGGAAAAUGUCUGACAUCCAUGGAAUUAGUCCCGCAUUGUGCAUGCAUAAAAUCUAUAUGGAGGAAGGACAUAAGUCGAGUGCACAACAUUAG